CACUGACCACUGCUACAGUCGAGUUGGUUGUCAUAUUUUAUAAUGUCAAAUGGUAUCGAGUACGCUUUCCCAGCUGGGGAUGAAAGCGAUGGGAGUGAUGAUGAAUGGGAUAUUGGACAUUCUCAUAAACAAAGCUCAAAUGAGGGUGCUGAGACGGAUGGCUUAAAACCCAGUGGGGACAAAGUCUCAACUUUGAAACGUGCCAUUAACACUGGAGACACCAAAGUCGUGGAACAGUUGUUGGACAAUGGUGUGGAGGUGGACACACGGUUAGGUUUUGAGUGGACCCCACUAAUGUGUGCUGUCCAUGCGGGCAACUAUGACAUGGCUAAACUGCUCCUGGACAGAGGGGCCAGUGCCAACUUCAGUAGAGAUCUCUACACAGUCCUUAUGGCUGCCUGCACAGCAUCUGUAUCCGAAGGCAAGAUUGUCAAGUGCGUGGAACUGCUGCUGUCCCGCAACGCUGACCCCAAUGCAUCGAACAAAUCUCGUAUGACCUCACUGAUGAUGGCAACCCGGGAGGGCCACAGCCAGGUGAUCAACUUGUUGGUGUCCCACGGAGCGGAGAUCAACUCCCAGGACGAGAGUGGAAACACGGCCCUCACGAUCGCUGUGCAGUAUGGGCGUGAGGAGGCCGUGUUGAAGCUUCUCCAACUCGGAGCCGACAAGACGUUAAAAACCAAGGCAGGCAAAACGGCCACCGACCUGGCCAAGCACUUCAAGCGAGCACAGAUUUCCAGAUUCCUAGCCUCUCUUAAUGGUGCUGGCGUGAAUGGUAGUGAGACAUCUAAGCAGGAUAACCUCUUUAAAUUCUUCAAGAGGAGCCCUGACCCCUCGCCUGCUUCCAUGGAGAGCUCUGCAAAACUGUGUGACAUUGAAUUGCUUCUACAUGGCCUGAAUUUGGAAUACCUCUCUGACAUCAUAAUAGAGCAUGACAUUACCUGGGGCGAGUUGCUGUCCAUGGAGCAGGAGGACCUGGAAAAGAUUGGUAUUACGAAUCCUGAGGACCAGAGGAAGGUGCUGUCUGCUGUUCAGGAGAUGCACCUGGACCAGGUGGACCUGGACACCUUAACGCAGCUGAAGAACAUAGACAACGGGAGUGAAGAGCUUUACACUUUCCUCAUCAGCUUGCGGCAACAGUGCUGCUACCUGACGGACACGGUGAGGGACGUCAUCGGGCGCUUUCCCCGCAGUGCCUCAGAGCUGGUACUGACCUGGGACCCUAAGAAGGAGGCUCAGGCCAUUUGCACAGAGCUGGUGGCUCAGACUGGAGACCUCCAGAAAGAGGUGUCCUGCCUCCGAGACCUGUUGCGCAAGAUGGACCCAGCCGAGUCCCCCGGUCAGCCAGCUCGGCCCAGUUCCCACGGCCGCCUCCGGAGAUGGCUCCCCAAGACGCUGGCACUGGGCAUGCUCGGAGCGGGCCUGCUGCUUGGCUCGCUGGCCUGGAGAAGCGUGAAGACGUGGGCCUGAGAAAAGCGGGUUUUACGGCGCCGCUGCUGUCACACGCUCCGAGACUGCCCGAGCCAGAUGUACAAUAGCGCCAGGGCUUCACCUAGAGACUGUGAGAAACAGUUCACACCACAAAGCACUGUUAUUAUGGGACCCUUCACAAAAUGGAGAAAAUCAAUUUUCAGACUUCCUCCCUUCCCCCACAGCCUCACUACAGUGAAGGCGUAACUAAAAGCUGCCAUGCUAACUUGUGUAGGAGGAAAGCUUAUAGUGGGUUGAAUGUUUUGUCUUAAAGCUUUGUCAAGAGUUUUAGUUAUUUAUUAUUUUUAGCUGACUUUCUGUUUUUUAUUUUCUUUUUUUUGAAUAAUGGCCAUUUUGAUGGGCAUUCUU